AUGGGAGUGUGCACCCCCGCCCCGUGCACCCCCAGCAUGAGCAUUCAGGGUCCCACUGUGCCCGGUGAUGGGCCCGACACCAGCCUCCAGGCGGCUGUGAAGGUGCCGCCGGCUAGUGUGCACACGCUCAAACAGCACAGUCUGCAAAACGACGCAAUUUUGGACGACGGGCAGGCUCCUGCCUCCGAGCCUGUUCCCUCUAGGACCCCCAAAGAUAGCCCUGCCACCCCUCGGCCAGCCCAGCCCGACCCCAGGCUGCACCUGGAGCUCCCUCGCAUCCAAAAUACCGUCCACUGGACGACGCCGCUGCAGCACGACCCUCCGGGCGUCCUCGAGGAGGAAGAGCCGGGGUGCCAGGGAGGUCCCGGGGGCCGGAGAGAGACCACCCGGAGCCCGCGGCCCGCGAGCCGCGAGCCCGCCCUCUCCCUGUUCCCAUUGGCUCUGCGGGCCUCGGCUUCUCAGCCAACCCCGUCCCAGGCCGCCCCGGGUCGCUGCGGCAAACUCCGCCCACCGCCGCUCCCUGCUGCCCCCCAGUGGUCGGAGCCAGUAUCGUACAUCCCUCUGUACCAACCCAACUCCCAGCCUCGGAGAGGUUGA